AUGAGACCUCAACGUGGUGACCUUCGCCGCCGCAUGACGGAGCGUGUUAACCGCAUCAUGGAUCCCGAACUCCGCUACCAUCGCGGCCGUGACUACACCCGCGCCGAGAUCCAGGCGUUCGAGGCAGAACUCGUCGAGACUGGCGCCGACAUUGGCGGCGGCCCGUACCCUGUGCGCCACAGCGUCGCCUUUCGCGGUCCCGAGCACCCCAUCGAGGGCCCCUGGCUCAACGGCAAGCUGCUCGACGAGAGCCCUGCGCCCCGUCCCAUUGCCUACGCCGACAAGAACAACUUCUACCACGCCCACUACUACAACCAGAACCCCACAGAUUACUACAAUGAGUACCCCAACUACGACUUCUACAGUGACAGCCCCGACUUCAGCCUCCGCCCUCCCCGCCGCAGCAAUGGCUACGGCUACAGCCGCCGCUACAAUGCCGCUCAGCCCCGCGUGCAGCCGCAGCCGCCGGAGCAGCGCCAACACCAACGCCAACGCCGUCAACCCCAACCUACGCAAAGCCAGUCGCGCCCCCGCUCCCGCCCCCGCCAGAUGACCCAAGAGGAGCUGGACGCCCGGGAGGAGCGGCGCGCCGCUUACAGAUUGGCCGUCGAAGAAGAAUCGGCGCACGCCACGGCCAUGACGAUUGUGCGUCUGGAUAUUCUCGCUGACGAGGAGCGAGCUGCUGCCGCCGCUGCCGCCACUGCUGCCACUCCCUCUACCGAUGCCACUGUUGUCAACGACGACGACCACAACGAUGGCCAUGUUCGGCGUCGCACGGCAUCUGCCGCCGAAGACAAAGAGAAUGCGAAUCGUGACCGCCCGUGUAGCCCCAACGAGUCCUCGGAGAGCGAAUCCGAAGAGGACGGCGACGUCGUCUGGGUCAACUCGGAAGGCGUCCCGUUUCCCCCACGCGAUAAGGAGGCGGAGCGCAAGGAGAGGCGCGCGAGACGCGCUCUGAAAAAGGAGCGGUUGCUCGCAGCGCAGAGGGACUACCCGUUCAACAAAGGUCCCCUCGUCUGCGCCAAUGGUGCCGCCGAGUGCUAA